UGGAGGACUGGAGCUUCACCAGCAAACACCACCCGAGGUUCAAUUUUAAUCCAUCAUUCCACGAUCACCCUCCAGCUGAGACAAUCAUGGGCAAGGGAUUCAGAGGCACGGUGGCCGAUUUCCCAGACUUUGACGCCAAUGGCGACGCCGAAGCUCUUUACAAUGCUAUGAAAGGCUUUGGAAGCGAUAAGGAGGCUAUUUUGGACCUGGUCACCUCUAGAAGCAACGGUCAGAGACAGGAGAUCCGCUCUGCAUACAAAUCACUCUACGGGAAGGACUUGAUUGAGGAUCUGAAGUAUGAACUGACGGGGAAGUUUGAGCGUCUGAUCGUCAGUUUAAUGCGACCUCCAGCUUAUCAUGAUGCUAAAGAAAUCAAGGAUGCGAUCAAGGGAGCCGGGACAGAUGAGAAAUGCCUGAUUGAAAUUCUCGCCUCCAGGACUAACCAACAAAUCCACGACCUUGUGGCGGCAUACAACGAUGCGUACGGUCGAGACAUUGAGCAAGACAUUAUAGGAGACACUUCAGGACACUUUAAGAAGAUGCUGGUUGUUCUGCUCCAGGGGACCAGAGAAGACGAUGGUGUGGUACAUGAAGAGGUUAUAGAGGAAGAUGCACAGGCCCUGUACGCUGCAGGUGAAGAGCAGUGGGGGACGGAUGAGUCGAUCUUCAUCAUGCUCCUGGGGAACCGGAGUGUGACCCACCUACAACUGGUGUUUGACGAGUAUCAGAAGAUAGCGGAGAAGUCGAUUGAGGACAGCAUUAAGAGCGAGCUGUCGGGGGAUUUUGAGAGGCUGAUGCUGGCUGUGGUGCAGUGUAUCAGGAGUCGGCCCAUGUUCUUCGCCAAGCGUCUCUACAAAUCCAUGAAGGGUUUGGGUACAGCUGAUAACACUCUGAUCAGAAUAAUGAUUUCCCGAUCAGAGAUCGAUAUGUUGGACAUUAGAGAGUGCUUCAGGCUGCGCUAUGAGAAAUCUCUACACAACAUGAUUCAGGACGACACUUCUGGAGAGUACAAGCGCACUCUGCUGAAGCUGUGCGGUGGAGAUGACGAUAUUGCAGGAGAGUUCUUCCCUGAAGCCGCUCAGAUCGCCUACAAGAUGUGGGAAAUCAGCGCCAUGACCAAAGUCCAGCUGAGGGGAACAGUCCGCCCUAUCUCAGACUUCGAUCCCGGCAGUGAUGCUCAGGACCUGAGGAAGGCCAUGAAGGGCUUUGGAACGGACGAGGACACGAUCAUCGAAAUUGUUGCGAAAAGGAGCAACGAACAGCGACAGGAGAUCAGACACGUCUUCAAAUCAAUACUGGGACGGGACCUGAUGGCAGAUCUGAAGUCAGAGCUUUCUAAGAAUCUGUGCCGUCUGAUCAUGGGCCUGAUGAUGACCCCGGCAGAGUUUGAUGCCAAAAUGAUGAAGAAAGCCAUGGAGGGAGCUGGGACAGAUGAACACGCUUUAAUUGAGAUUCUGGUGACCAGGAGCAACCAGGAGAUCCAGGAUAUGUGUGCUGCUUACAAGAAAGCCUUUAAGAAGAACCUGGAGGACGCCAUUCGCUCCGACACCUCAGGACACUUCUGUCGUAUCCUGGUCUCCCUGGCUCAGGGAGCACGUGAUGAAGGCCCUGCUGACAUGGGGAGAGCAGAAGAAGAUGCCCAAGCCCUGGCCGACGCCUGCAACGCUGAGUCUGACGAGAUGAUGGAUAAGUUCAUGAGUAUUCUGUGCACGCGGAGUUUCCCCCACCUGAGGAGAGUGUUCCAGGAGUUUGUCAGGUGCUCCAACAAGGACAUCGAGCAGAUCAUCAAGAAGGAGAUGUCUGGGGACAUCAAAAAUGCCAUGUAUGCUAUCGUGAGGAGUGUGAAGAACCAGCCCUCGUACUUGGCAGAUCGUCUGUACAAAGCCAUGAAGGGUCUUGGUACUGAUGACAGAGCUCUGAUCCGCAUCAUGGUGUCUCGCUCCGAGAUCGACCUCUUCAACAUCCGCAAGGAAUUCAAGGACACCCACGACACCUCGCUCCACGACUUCAUCCAGGUAGAGGCCCUUGUCGGAGACACAUCAGGAGAUUACAGGAAGACUCUGCUGAUACUGUGCGGUGGUGAGGAUUAGAGCCCUGUGUUAUCUGGCACUCCGCUACAUCGCCACCCCGCUCUUUACCACCGAGGUUAACUGCGAUCGCCCUGUACCUGAUCUGCUGCCUCCGCCUCCGUCUCCGCCUCCGCCACGCCCGUGCCAAAGCUGACGACCGCUGGACUCUGUAACCUCUGGACACAAUCAGCCAAAGUCACUGUGCUUUGCGAAUGAUGUGAUUUUUAUUUUUUACAGUUUUCAAUACUGGUUUUAUGUUAAUUAUGUGAAAUAAUGAAAAGGAAACUGCUUGGCUUUGAGUUCGGUUCACUGUAGCUGUUAUAAAAGGUCAAAAUCUAAAUAACAACAAUGUGAGACUAAAGUGAAACUGCCUUAAAAUAAACUUACUGGUCCCGUUA